AUGGUCAGAAAUCACGAAACUAGUGGGAGAUUGCGACCGAGAACAGAUUUUUACGUUUGGUUUUUCGGACAAAUCCAUGCUAAGCGUCUGCUUCUGUUUAUGCAAUUAUUACUACUUUUUGCUAGUUUUGUAGGUUUCUAUUAUGUCUCAGACCCGCACUUCACUGGCUUGCCCGUUCCCGGCUUUGAUGGGGAGAAACAUCUUUUCGGGUCUUGGGGGGCUUCUGCUCACACUAUAACAGUUGAUGAUUCAGAGCUUUUUUCAAAAGCACAUGUGGAUUGUCAAUCUCCUGAGUGUUUAUUCCGAAGAAAAGUUAUAGCUUUUAUGUCAUACUUCUACAUUCUGAGGCUUGUUUCUAUGUUAUUCUCUUAUAGGAUAGUUGAUAAGCUCUGGUGGAAUUGUCCUCAAGGGCUUUAUCGUUUCUUGAAUCCAGGCGUUUUCUUGAUUCCUUGUCUUUUGAGUAUUUUAUCUUUUGCCUGUCCUCUCUUCGUUCACACCGUUAGAGCUGUCCGCAAUUACGUCUCACAUAACUGUUUCCUACAAAACCCUGUAGAUACUUGUACAGAUAUGGGUUUUUAUGUCGACAUCACCAUUUAUGUGGUGUUGCCAUUGUUCAUUGUUUGGAUAAUUUAUGGAUACAUCAUAUAUGGAUGUGUGCUUGGGUUCGUCUACGUUUGGAGAAGAGCAAGAGGGUCAUGGGUACGAAGAGAAACAGCAGCAGCAUCUUUCAGUUGGUCUUUCCGAGACAAAAACUCCCUGUGGGGACGGUUAGGGAGCACGGCUGUUCUUCAGAAUAAAAGCUUUACAAAAGCAAAUAAUAAUAGUUGGAGAAGUACGAAGAGUACUGAUAGGCCGACACUCCGCUCUUAUAAAAGUAGGCAAAACGAUCUGAACGACUCUCAGGUUUCUUCAUCUUCUGUGGACACGGACAACGCCAAUACCAGUACGGAGUUUUGUGCUAUUGAUAUUGAUGAAGAGUUUCGACGAACUGAUUUUGCUUCCCAUAGAGCCUCUAUCAGGCGUCCUUUGGCUACUGUUUUGGAGGAAGGGGAGAGUCAGGAGAAUUCACUGGGCAGCGAUUCAAGCAGAUUAUGA